CACAAAAAAAAAAAAGCCUAUCCACAAUCCACUUCUCCUCCUCCUCUUCUAUUACCAAUACCAACGAACCUUCCCCUUUCUCUCUGUCGGUUCCUCUUCUUUUUAUUUUACACUACUAAAAGACUUUGGAAUUUACUUAAAAAGUUUUCAUUUUUAUUUUUCAUAAAAGAACGAACACUUUGCUCAAUCAAAAUUCACAGUCUUCGAUCUCGCUAAAGGCGAAACCUUUCGCUCCUUAUCUGAUUCCUCUCUUGAAACCCCGGUUCCAGUUCUCGAGGGUUUUGUAAAACGAGAUUUUGAUCUCAAGUUUUGGAUCUUUGCUCAAUUUGUUAACAACAUCUCUCUGAUACUAGGUGUAUGUAAUUGCAUCAAUCCAUGGACGUUGAUAAAACGAGGAUUUCAUCUGGCUAUGCCAAGCCUCCUUGGAUUUUCAAAGGAAGUGCGUUGUACCAGAUUCAUCUUGUGAAGGCUGCAACAGCUCGAGCAUUCAUCCCCAAAGAGUUUCGACUAGUUGAAGCUUUUGGAUACACUCUUGGUGGGUUUUUCCUUGCUAGCUACGAUGAUAGUCCCGCUGGUGUCUUUGACGAGCUUGUUGUAAUUGCAGGGAUUGUAUGGAACCCUCCUACAUCAUGCGCAUGGGCUGCGAGGGUGCUUGUGAACAGCGAUGAGGCUUGUCAUCAUGGACGCAAGGUAGGAAGUAGGACUCCCAAGCCAAGUUGCAAGAUUUUCAAAAGUACUGUGUUGAGUAAAAGUGAUUUCUGUGUUUGUGAACAGAAAAUCACUGCAGUUCCAAAGCGAAAAAGGGACAGGGCUUUUGGUUUCUUGGACACAUUUGGGUUGGGAACUACUCUGGCUCAUCCUGAGGAUAUGGUGGAGGUUAAAGUUAGUGAAGUUGAUGCUGCUGCUUCUGCAGAUAUCUGCAACAUCCAAAUUAGAUCAGACGAGACCAAAGUCGGAAACUGGAUGGGACCUGCAAUCAAAAUGGCUCUCCCGAGUUUUAGUGGCAAUACAAAGUACAACUCAAACCUGCUCAAAUACUCAUGCCAUCUCCACUGCAGGGUGAGGCCGGUGAGACCUGCGGUUGUAUCAGGAGCUUCGGAAGAUGAGACAAAAUUUUUGUCAGAAUGUAAUCAGACAUCACAAGAGUCGCUUGAAAAUGAAAGGCGGUUAAGCAUUGCUGUGAUGCUAUCGAAACCAAUCAUAGCUCUUCAAUUCAAAUGCUUAACAAUGCAAGUAGAAGCUCCUGUUGUAAUUUACCCUUCAAAGUAAACACAACACUCAAAUUCCAAGAACAUACAACUUCCUUCCUACAAGAACUCUUCAGGAAGAGGAUGACCGUUCAGGAACGCCUUGAAAAGCACAAGUGAUCUCUCAGGCUGUGAGAAUGGGACCUCGUGUGAAGCUCCUCGCACCGUUGCAAAUGACAAGACAUUACCAUAGACUUGAGUCCACCCGCCAACCUGAAACACCAAAAGCAAUGUGUUAGUUUGUUUUUCAUCGUUCUCUUUGUACUAUUAGAGAAUGUUGUUUCUUUACCUGCUGUCCUGCAAACCAGACUCGAUAAGGCACACUUGUUCUCA